UCCGGCCACUCGGCCUUCCCCGGCAGUAGUCGACCCAUGGCCAAGCGAGGGGAGCUCGAUCUGACCAGCACGAAGCAGAACACCGGAGUGUGGCUGGUGAAGGUUCCUAAAUAUUUGUCACAACAAUGGGCUAAAGACCCUGGAAGAGGUGAAGUUGGGAAACUGCGGAUUGCCAAGAAUCAAGGAAGGACUGAGGUGUCGUUUACUUUGAAUGAAGAUCUUGCAAAUAUUCACGAUAUUGGUGGAAAACUAGCUUCGGUCAGCACUCCUAGAGAACAUCCGUUUGUCUUACAAAGUGUUGGAGGACAGACAUUAACAGUCUUUACUGAGAGCUCAUCAGAUAAACUUUCAUUGGAAGGAAUUGUGGUACAAAGAGCUGAAUGCCGACCUGCUACCAGUGAAAAGUACAUGCGAUUAAAGAGAUUGCAAAUAGAAGAAUCUUCCAAACCCGUAAGGCUAUCACAACAACUGGACAAAGUUGUGACAACCAAUUAUAAACCUGUUGCUAAUCAUCAAUACAAUAUUGAAUAUGAAAGGAAAAAGAAAGAAGAUGGAAAACGAGCUCGAGCUGAUAAACAACACGUUUUAGACAUGCUAUUUUCGGCAUUUGAGAAACAUCAGUAUUAUAAUCUUAAGGACUUGGUGGACAUCACAAAGCAGCCUGUGGGGUACCUGAAGGAAAUCUUAAAAGAAAUUGGUGUUCAGAAUGUAAAAGGGACGCACAAAACAUGGGAGCUGAAGCCAGAGUAUAGACAUUAUCAAGGAAAAGAGUGAUUAAGGAGACUCUAAGCCAGCAUGCUAAUGGAACAACUAAAG